GCAAUCACCAAAGUUUCGAUUGUAAAACUGUAGCCGAUGUCAAAGUUUUAAUAUUGUUUUGAUUUCUUUUAAAACAGUUUCUGAUUGUAGAAAGCAUUCAUUUUAUGCAUUUUUUGUGAUAAAAGCCUAGUGACUGAAAUGUCUGAUUUAAGUUUGCUGAUUGACAUGGGUUUUCCUCAAGAGAAAGCAAAGAAAGCUUUGGAUAUCACUGGUAAUAAAGGCAUCGAACCAGCCAUGGAAUGGCUCCUUGCUCAUGGAGACUCGGAAGAGCUGGUUCCGGAGAAAAAGGUUGAGGAAGCUGCACCUGAUGCUUCACCUGGUGCAAGUGAAGAAAAGGAAAGUGAGGACAUAACUGAACUGACUGAAGAGCUUAUGACUGAAGCAAAGUCUUUAAAAUGUGAUGAAUGCAACCGUAAGUUUCGCACCGAUUCAGAAGUGGAAUUCCAUGCAGUUAAAACAGGGCAUCAGAGUUUUUCGGAGUCUAGUGAAGAAGUAAAGCCUUUAACAGAAGAAGAAAGGCGUGAACAAAUAAAAAAGGUGGAAAACCUAAUCAAGUUACGAAGAGCAGAAAAAGCUGAGCAGGAAAAGAAAGAAGAAUUAGAAAAAGAAAAAAAUCGGCGGAAAACUGGACAAGAAAUGAUCCAAGCAAGAGAAAAAUUAAAAGAUGAAGAAUUCAAACGUUUAGCUGAAUUAAAGAGACAGGAGAAAUUAGAAGCCAAAAUGGCUAGGCAAAGGGUCCUUGAUGAUAUUGAACGAGAUAGACAGGCAAGAAGGGAAAAGUUUGGUAUGGGGCCUCCUGCAGCUACUGCACCAGCUGCUACGUCUCCUCCUGCAUCUGUCACUUCAACACCUCCACAGUCAUAUGAUGAAUGCAAGCUUCAGAUUCGACUGACAAAUGGUCAAUGUAUGACGCAUACAUUUAAUCCUAAAGAAGAAUUAGCGGCAGUGAGGUUAUUCAUUGAGAUGAAUCGCACAGAUGGUGCUGUUCCUUUUAAUCUAAUGACCAAUUUUCCUAAGAGAAUUUUCACCGAAAGUGAUAUGAAUGCACCACUUCACUCAUUAGGUCUGGUACCCUCAGCUGUUUUAAUUUUAAGCAAGCAACAGCAAUAACAAAUUGUAAAUUUUUAAAAAUUGAUAUCCUUUUUUUUUGUUUUGUAAAAUGGUGUAUCUUCUUUUUUAUUCUUAAAUAAAAUUUUAAA